GAGGUGGCGUGAGCCGCUGAGACGUCACCAGUCUCCGCCUUAAAUUAUAAGAAUUAAAUCAAUUGUUCGAUUUUUUAUUUUUUAAUUUUCUAUUUUAAAUCAGAGUAUAUGGUUGGAGGCUGUUUCUGUGAGCUGGCAGAGCACGCGGGGGCUGGAACCCCCUCUUCCAAACAUCUGGACAAGUGUGACUGGAAUAAAACCAGAACUCUGAUCGGAGGUGUAAUUGUCAUCUGGGCCAUUUUAACUGGAAACAGUGGAGCGGAGGUGUGCAGAAUGCGUUGCGCCUGGAUUGGCUGGGCGCUCUGUCUGUGCGCAUCUUCGGCCGUGUGCGCGCAGGACUACUCCGAGGACGACGAGAUGAUCCUGGAUCUGAUCCGAGACGACGGGACUCAGCCCGAAGCUGGAGCAGAGCCCGCUGCGGAGUUUCUCAAGUGUAACAAGGCGGCAUGGCGCAUGCCCGGUCAGUACCUGGUUAUACUGCACCAGGGGACGCACGCGUCUCAGGUCCAGCGGACUAUCCGGAGGCUGAGAGCCAAAGCAGCCAGGAGAGGCUCUCUACUGGAGAUCCUGCAGACCUACUCUGGAGCUCUGCAAGGCUUCCUGGUCAAAAUGAGUCGAGAUGUACUUCACCUGGCAGUGAAGCUCCCUCAUGUUCAUUAUGUAGAGGAGGACUCGUCCAUCUUUGCUCAGAGCGCCCCCUGGAACCUCCAGCGUUUACUGCAGCCUCAUGGUGGGCUCUCUCUGAAUGCCACAUACAGCCCUCCAAAUGAUGGAGGGAUGGCGGAGGUGUUCCUGAUGGAUGGCAGUGUUCAGAGUUCCCACAGAGAGGUUGAAGGACGCGUGCAGAUCACAGACUUCAACAACGUCCCUGAGGAGGAUGGGGUCAGAGUUCAUAGGCAGGCCGGUCAGUGUGACGGCCACGGCACACACCUGGCGGGGGUUGUGACUGGACUGGACUCGGGCGUUGCUAGAGGUGCGGGUGUUAGCCUGGUUCGUGUGCUUAACUGUCAGGGGAAAGGGACCGUUUCAGGAGCUCUAGCAGGGAUGGAGUUUAUUCGAGCGACAUUACUGGCCCACCCGGUGGACACGGUGGUUGUUUUGCUGCCUUUCGUCGGUGGCUUCAGCCGCUCCUUAAACACCGCCUGCAGAGACCUGGUGGCUCACGGAGCCGUGGUCAUAGCUGCUGCGGGGAACCACAGAGACGACGCCUGCCUUUACUCACCUGCUUCAGAGCCAGAGGUCAUCACAGUGGGAGCGGUGAACUCAGCAGACCAGCUCAUGUCACAGGGAGCAGGCGGCACCAACACAGGACGCUGUGUUGAUCUGUUUGCACCUGGUGAUGACAUCGUCAGCGCCAGCAGUGACUGUAGCACGUGUUUCACAUCACGCAGUGGAACCUCGCAGGCUGCAGCGCAUGCUGCAGGUGUAGCAGCUGUUGUCCUGUCCUCCAAUCAGGACGCAUCACCGGUUCAGGUCCUACAGAUGAUGUUGCAUCAUUCCAUCAGCAAUACAAUCAACUUCCUGCCUCUGUCAGACACACGGCGUCUCUCUUCUCCAAACUUUGUAGCAGCCUUGCCCUCAUCCAGCAGCUCCAAAUCAAGCAAGGAGCUGCUGUGCCGCUCCGUGUGGUCGGAGAGGUCAGGGCUUUCAAAAACCGACAGGGUGACGAGCCGCUGUCGCCCGGGGGAGGAGAUGAUGGGCUGCAGCAGCUAUGCUCCCGAUGGCGUCCGUGUGGGAGAAACCAUCACCGAGAGCCGCGGACAGGCAGAGUGUGUUGCCUACAACGGCGAAGCAGGUAACGGUGUGUACGCGGUGGCCCGCUGCUGUGUGAUGAACGGUCUUCACUGUCAGGUCCGAUCCAGUCCUGAGGCUGGGAAAGAUGCUCAGUGUGGCGACCCGCCGCACCUCACAGGGUGCACAGCUUAUUCCACUACUGAGCUGCUGUCCGACUCCCGUCCUCAUGCCGGACUUGGGAAGCGCUGCGUGGUGAAGGAAGGAGUCACAUCACACGCACUCUGCUGCCGCGCUCCGUCUCUUGAGUGCCACCUGUUGGAAAACUCAGCUGCAGACAGAGAGCAGGUCCAGCUGUCCUGUCCCGCUGGAUGGACUCUGACGGACUGCAGUGCCAUCUCCCUGGGAACUGCAGUCCUGGGGUCGGUUGCUAGGGGCAAUAGCUGCUACAUCCAGAGUGCCACAGGGGCAGGAGAAGCAGUGGGCAUCGCUGUAUGCUGCCGUGCUGCACCACCACCACCACCACCACCACCUUCUGCCACAACUCCAACCUGAUCCUGCAGCAAUCUGAGAGCAGCUUUGACUUGCUGUCCCGUCUCUAACCGUGUUUCCUCCUCUGGGGCACGCUGACCUUCCUGAUGCUGUCGGUGCCCUCCUCUUCAGCUGACGGUGACAACUGUGCUAUCAGGUCAAAGCAUGUUCUGUCACAAUAUUCUAAACCAUCUCACACAUAGCGUGCUGUGAAAAAGUGUUUACUACAUCAGACCGGCCCGUUUAAGGGUUCAGUCGGCGGGAAUUCAAACUGAAUUCACCCACGAUCAUAGUUCACCACGUAAACAGCCUCAAAAUGUUGUAGAAAUGGUCAUUCAUCAAGUUUUCAAAAAUAUAUAUUAAACUUUGUGUUAUUUAUUACUUCAUCAUGUAGAAUUUACAUCCUGGUUUCUAUUAGUUAAUUCAGUUAUUAUUAAUUUUAAUAGUACUCAUUAUUUUUUAUUAAUACCACUCGAGAACAACUCACUGAGGUCACAGUUAUGGAAGACUUUCUUUCCACGUCUGGAUCUUUGGCUCUUGCUUCUACUGGAUAUCUGUUGGUGUCUUGUGGGAAUUUGGUGACUUAACAAGCACACGUUGUUGAGAGAUGUACAGAUUUUUCCAGUGGUUAUUUAAACAAUACGUUUGAAGAAUAUUUCCACAGUGUAAUAACACAGAAUGACCAUUAAAAUAGUGUAUUUUCAGAGAAGUCUGUUGAUUCUUGAUUUGAACAAGGACGAUAGAGAUGGAAUUCUUGAUUAAUUUAUUUUUUAAUUUUGGCAUCUUCUUCUAUCAGUUAUUACCUUCUGUAGUUAUUAUUGACGUUAAACAGUGUUUUGUAAAGUGAAAGUAAUGUACUUUUUUUCCAUACAUCACAUUUCAAAUAAAUUAAUAAAUUCAAUGUUCAAUUUAUUUACGAAGCAUAUUUUGGUGGAGUGUACUGCCCAAAGACACUACAGCACAACAAGAGAAAGCUAGGGUUGAACCAGCAACCCUUCAAUUACUGGACAACCUAUUCUACCUCCUGAGCUAACGCCACAUGUUGUCUCUAAUUGGUUUUAAAAAGCUGAAAAAAAAGAGCUAUUAUAAUUACACAGGGCUGAAAAAUCUUCAAUUAA